AUGUUUGUUCAAGGAGUACAAAACGGUACAGGGCCCAUUGACAACCCAAGAGAUGAAAUGCCGAUGCCUCAAGCGCAACCCGUCGAAGAAUUGGAAACGGUAAUCUUGAAUGAAGAACAACCCAAUCGAUAUGUGAAAAUCGGUACCACACUCACCCCAUCCCUCCGAGCACAAUUUAUCGAGUUCCUACAACAUCAUUCAGAGGUGUUCGCCUGGUCUUAUGAUGACAUGUCAGGCAUCUCUCCUAAGGUCAUCAGCCAUAAGCUCAGCAUUUCCUCCGCCUAUAAGCCCGUAAGGCAGAAACGUCGUUCGUAUGAUGCCGAACAGUAUGAGGCCAUGCGAACCGAAGUUGAAAAGCUCUAA